AGCUCCAGUGACGUUUUUUUUUCUCCAACUGCUACCUGCGCGAUGUUUCUAAAUCUCGCGAGAUUUGACACUUGUUUAGAAUUCACGAAAGAUGGCGGCGGCGGCGCCUCCGGAUGAGGCUACACUCCAGGCUCGCAUCAACAGGGCCACCAACCCUCUGAAUAAGGAGACCGACUGGGACACUAUCAAGGGAUUUUGUGAUGAGCUCAACAAUGAACCAGAAGGUCCCCAGCUUGCAACCAGACUUCUGGCCCACAAAAUUCAGUCACCUCAGGAGUGGGAGGCCAUGCAAGCCCUUAUGGUUCUGGAGACGUGCAUUAAGAACUGUGGAAAGCGAUUUCACAGUGAGGUGGGAAAGUUUCGCUUUCUCAAUGAACUCAUCAAAGUGGUGUCGCCUAAGUAUUUGGGUACCCGGGCUCCAGAGCCUGUGAAGAAGAAGGUGUUAGAAAUAAUUUACAGCUGGACCGUGAGGCUGCCUGAUGAGACCAAGAUCGCAGACGCUUAUCAGAUGCUGAAAAAACAGGGUAUUGUUAAGCUGGAUCCUGAGCUUCCUGAUGACAAGCCCCUCCCACCUCCUCCACCUAGAGCCAAAGAUGUCCUUUUUGAGGAUGAGGAGAAAUCCAAGACGCUGUCUCGCUUAUUGAACAGCAAUCACCAAGAGGAUCUCAGAGCAGCAAACAAGCUCAUCAAGGAAAUGGUGCAGGAGGACCAAAAGCGCGUAGAGAAGGUGUCCAAGCGACUGAAUGCCAUCCAGGAGCUGAAGGAAAGUGUCAGCCUGCUGAGCCAGUUGCUGGAUGGCUACAGCAAGGAGACCUGCUCCCAGAGCAACCAGGAGCUCAUUAAGGAUCUUUACCAGCGCUGUGAGAAGAUGAGGCCCACUCUAUUCCGAUUAGCAAGUGAUACAGAGGAUAGUGACGAUGCUUUAGCUGAGAUCCUACAGGCCAAUGACAACCUGACUCAGGUCAUCAACCUGUACAGGAAGCUGGUAAAGGGAGAGGAUGUGUCAAAGGAUGGCAUAACCCUGCCCUCACAACCAGGCAGCAGUAGCUCAGCCCUUGUAGACUUGAUGGGACUUAACGCAUCAGGCAACGUGACAUCAUCCAACCCAGAGCCCUCUGGCCUCCAGACACCAGCUCAGUGCGUCAGCCUCUUGGAUGAUGAGCUCAUGUCACUAGGACUGAAUGUAACAGAAAACUCCAACUCUCAGAACAAUCUUCAGUCCCCUGAUGGCCCCGGCUCAUUUGCUCCGUCCGUCCGUGCUGCGGUGCUGCAACCUGCUGUGGUCCAAGCACCACAGGCUGCAGCAGCAGGGGGGCCGACUGCUGCUCCCAAACCCAUGGAGGAGCUGGACUUGUUGGGGAAGACCUUGUUACAGCAGUGCUUACCCCCACAGAGCCAGCAGGUCAAAUGGGAUAAGCUCCAACCGCGAUCCAGAGUCACCUUACGAGAUCUGCAGACCAAGUCCAACGCCAGCUCUAGACCGGCUCCUAAUGCCACCACACACUCUGCUGGUCCUGCUCUGGCUGCAGGACCCCCAUCGGCUGUCCCUCCCGAGCAGCCAGCCACUCUGCUCCCAUCCGCUCUCAGUCUUGCAGCUGCUGAGAGAGGCUCGUUAGCUGCUACUGACCCCUCUGACAACAUCUCUCUGUCUGACGUUACGGUGCCUCUGGAAGCCAUCAGACCUAGCAGUUUAUUACCGGUGACCGUGUUCGACAAACACAGUCUCCGUGUUUUGUUCACCUUUUCCCGUGACUGUCCUCCAUCCCGGCCCGACGUGCUGGUGGUGAUCAUCUCCAUGCUGUCCUCCGCCCCCAUUCCAGUCACCAACAUCCGCUUUCAGGCAGCCGUACCAAAGGUGAUGAAAGUGAAGCUGCAGCCUCCCUCUAGCACCGAGCUCCCAGCCUUCAAUCCCAUCCUGCCUCCAGCCGCCGUCACACAGAUCCUACUGUUGGCGAACCCUCACAAGGAAAACGUGCGUUUGCGGUACAAGCUGACAUUCAACCUGGGGGACGCGUGUCAUGAUGAAUCUGGUGAUGUGGACCAGUUCCCGCCUCCAGGCACCUGGGGAAACCUGUAGGGAGAGAAAGCAGCCUGCUGUCAUCUAAACUGCUGCUUCCUUUAGCUUUAGAUUGAAGGUGUCCCUCGUCACCGGCUUGAGAUGAGACUUCAGUGGCUUCAAACUCUGGUUGGGUAAUACAGACUGACAAGGGACCAGUUGUGGGAACCAGCUUCUACCUUGUGCCUUCCUUUCCUUUUUCAAUCAGCUCCAUGUUCCUGUGUAUCGUAUCUUGAUUUUCUUUUUCUUUUUCUUCCAACAAUCAUUCUCAUACAAAACUUUGGUUCAAUACAGUCAGUUAUUGUUACAGGGUUUUUUUUUCAAUACAUCAUUAAUAUUUUUCUGUUAAACAUAGUCCGUUACAUGCUUAUAUUGAUGUUUACAGCCAAAACACUCCUGUAUUUAACCUAUGGUAUGGAGCACUGGUUAUUUGUACCUGAUAAAUAAUUUGAUUACCAGAAUUUGAAUGUAUUUCCUAUCAAACGAUUGAUGUGUUUCAGUACAACAUCAGUGCUCUAGGAAGAGCAGCAUCAGUGGAUUUAAUAGUUGGAUUCUAUCUUGCCAAACUUUUAGUUGCAUCAGGAAUUGAUGAAACUAAAUUGAAUCAACACUUUGAAACGAUUGAAGUCUUUUUCCCCCUUACAGUCAAUGGAGCAGUGCCUCCUGCUAGUAUACGUCAUGAAUUGGUACAACGUUUUAAGGUAGUGAUUUGGUGGUUAUUCUUGAUGUGGUGGAGGGUCAGUGUGUGUCUUAACUGUGACAAACUGCUUUUAUCGUACUUGUCACAAGAAAAGCACAGGUGUUUAAUACGUUUUCAAAAUGUCUUCUGUGAAGAGAGACCAUGAAGGAAGGGACUUUUGAUUUCUGCACUUUUUAUUUUUUCGAUGUUGUUUCACUGAGGAUUUCCCAUUUGAGUUAUUUUACACAACAUGAGUUGUCCAUUUAUUUUGUUUUACUUUUGCACAUGAAACCAUUACAUUUACCAACACAUUGUCUUUUCUCAUUUGCUACUUUCCUACUGUUGAUUGACCCAAAGAGGAACAUGUGCAGUCCUGAGUUGACGUCUCCUACGUCUAGUUUGAUUCUACCACACGUGCCUGGGAUGGAACCUAUAUUUUUAUUUGCUCUUGUACAUUUAAGUAUGGAAGUAACUAGUUUGAUCUUUGUUUUUGUUUUCAUACGUCCACGUCCGUAUCACAUACGAUUAGUAAAACAACAGACACCUCAAAUGUCACAGCAUCAUCCCGUCCAUUGAGUUGAUUGGAGCACUAAGCGUCAUAAAGAUUCAAAUAGAAUCAGAUUGGUUCUACCUGAGAAGUACGAUUUUGAAACAGGAUGAACUCCAAAUGUGUGUUACUACAGUGGAGCUGGAGGUUCACUUCAUGAUAUGAGGGAUGAAUUUCAGAAUGACCCACUGCGUAGUGUUGAUUCAGUUCAGUUGUUACGGUAGAUUAACUCAUCACACAGUCAUCAUUAAGAUGGGCUGCUUCCCGAUGCUCUGAAUGAGCCACAGAGACAUGCUUUCAUUUACUUACAGGUCCAGCACUCACUCGUCUGUGACUGGAAGGAAGACCGCAAAAAGAGACAAAGUAGCCUCAGUCAGCUCCUUUCGGUCUUCGGUGCGUGGCUUAAGCUGAGCUGAUUUCAAAUAAUAAACAUUGUACGAUGUGUCGUAAACUAUGCACUGA